UUUACGGUCUUGGAGUGCAGCUGUUAAAACUUAAAGUUGCCAAGCUUACUUUUUCAUCUAAUAAGAAAUGUGUUGCAAAAUGCCACAAAAAAUCUUCUGAUCUGCAGGAAGAAUCGUUCAGGUGUGAGUGAGACUGCAGAUAUAGACACCAGAUUACUCUAUAAUACCAGUGGACUCUUCCAGGACCAGGUUCCUCGUCCUGGAUCAUUUCUGGUUUCUUGGCUCAUCAGUGUCCAUGGAUUCAUCUCUCUAUUUACAGCACCGAUUGCCUGAACUGCUGUAGCUGCACAUCUGGCUUGCAAUCAGAAAAACGUUAGAUUUUUAGUGUUUGUAAGCCACAAUACGUGUCAUACAAAGUGGUGGUCUUGUUAGCGUGAAUUCGCGCAGGCGCAAAGUCGGCGCGCAAAAGUCAGUCAAGUUCAAUUGGGCAUGAAAAGCAACCUGCAGCCGAGGACUGUUUCACAGUUUCAGAUGUGUGUGAGUCUGCAUCCAAACCGCACACUACUGUAUCAAAUAGUGUGUCAAAAUAGCACAGCAGCUCCAGUGGCUACAUCCAAAACCGCGUAAUACCGUCCUACAGAGGUCAGAAAUCUGACAUGGUAUUUAGUUUAGUAGUAGCGUUUUUUGGCCGCAGCUCCUGUACCUGUGGCUGGGCUGCAUCCUCCUGUAAAGCCGCUGACUUUUGAAUCCUCCCUCGCAGCUUUCUUUCUGGACUCAUGCAGGCUGAUCAGAGCUCCGCGCAGUGGACAAUCAGCUGCAACGCAAAAAAGAUGCCCGCACUGUACUCGCGAGACAGCCACGGAGUUCAGCGCGGGGAAAGCGCGCGCUGAUCAGCCCUAUCAACAAACUGCAACAGAGAAGUAGAUAAAAGAGAAGAAGAUGCCGUUUUGCAAGCGCAUCAUUGCGCCAAAGGACGUGUGCAAAAGCGCGCUGAGGAGCGGCGGAGCCUCGUUCACGGACUUGGCGGACGUGUGCGGCUUCAGCCUGUGCUCCAUCCUCAGACAGCUCUCCGAUCUGUGCAGGCAGUCAGUCAGCAUCCUGGAGGAACUCGAAGGAGAAAUCGCGUCCAUUUGCCAUCGCUCGGGAACAUUGGAGAGCAAAGUUAUCAGCUUGCAAAGACACGUCUCGGCACUCGCAGCCAGCAAACCACCGCUGAAAACCACCACCAACUUGGACUCGGAGAGCAAGCGAACGGCCCACUUCCAAUCGUCAUGGCAACAGCAUGUGAAUGUGUUUGGCUCGUGGAGUAGGCCGGAGUGUGUGCAGGAGCUGCACCAAGAGGCUCAGCUCAACCUCCAGAGCCUGCUGCAAGACUUUGAGGAGCAGCUGUAUGAUAACAGGGUAACUGGGCAGACAUUCCGGCACCCUUCCUCUCAGAGCUCAGAGGACACCUCCACCACGCUCAGCCGCUCGCCUUCAUCACUCAACAAGAAAACAGAGUUUGUCUUCCUGCCUGCAAAUAAACAGGUGUGUGAGGAUGAGACAACGUCAUUAGGGAUCCGGGCUCAGGACCCGGGUGCUUGUGGCUCAGACCGCUCUUUCCUGGGCUGGAAUUCUUCAGUAGGGCCCCCAGUUGCUGAAAAACCUCGCUGGCACCUGAGUCGACAUUCCUCUGCACACCUCGUACCUAUCGAUGUUACAGGCCAGAGCUUUGAUAAGCACGCCAGCGAACUCCAGGCCCCCUUUAGAACUGAAAAGGCGGUUAACCCAAAGACCAUCCGCCGCCCAAGGAGUGUGAUCGCAGGCCCUGAUGUCACGCUACACUGCCAAGGUGAUGGCAAGAUUCUUGCUGUUGAUCUGAUACAAGGUGCCUGUUCUCCUGACUCCUCCCAGCCGAGAUCUCUGGAACCCACCACAGAGAAUACAGGCGAGCAGCACAUACCCUUACGGAAAACUCAGAGUGACAGAGAGCACAGUGUCCCCCCAUCCCCCAAAGCUCCCUCAGGCAUGAUGGACCAUGCCACUCUUAUGUGCCCCAGCUCUUCUUGGAAUGGCCCAAAGGGUUCCACCUUCUCUCCCUCCUGGAAUGACUCCUACAACUAUGCCCUGACCCCAAACCCUGUUGCCAAGCAGCCUUUGUCCAAACCUGGAACAUUAGACUCUGGUGGAGGUGGCCUCAUGUGCCCUUCCCAAACCAGCUCUGUCAUGUCCAUGAGCUCUGUGUCACACUCUAGCUCCUUCACUUUCAUCUCAGAACCUUCUGCACAUAGGACAAAUAUAGUCACACAUGAACAUGCAAUUAAAGGAAAAAGAAAUGAGACUGGGGGUGCAGCAUCCAGUCCAGCUGCUGGUAAUGGCCACAACAAAUGUGAGCAAGAAAAGAGAUCAUCGCGAGCCAAUGCUUUUAAAUUCCGUGAACGCUCCCUUUCAACACCAACAGAUUCUGGAUCUCUCUGCUCAACAGACAAUAUAUGCUGUCCAGGAGAUACAGUGCCUGUAGUCCGAGAAGGUGAGAGCUAUGCCUUGCUGUACCCUAGCAAUAGCUCUGAGGACAACACCAGCACUGACACUGUGUCUGUAACAACAGGGUCUGACUUUUUCCCAGUGAGCAGACUGAGGUCACGAUCACGAAGCAUCUCACUAAAGAAGCCCAAAAAGAAACCACCACCUCCUGUACGCAGUGUGUCCCUAGUAAAGAACUUGUCAGCCAUUGGUGGGAUGGGCUCACACCAUGGUGAAGGACAUAUCAGAGACGGUAGGCCUAAGAGCCUUUUCAUACCACGAGAUCAUAAUUUCCAGGAUUCAUUCCGGCCUGAGUUUCUUAUGGCAUCUAAACCAGAUGAGGAGACACACAGCAGUUUGGAGACAGCUUCUGAUACAUCUCAGCCCCCUGAAAAAGAAGCUGACCUAGCUUUCCCUCCUCACUGGCAGCUCAGUGAGUGGAAGUCCAACAAUGACCCUUAUCGUUCAUUAUCAGGGUCCAGCACUGCUACAGGUACAACAGUAAUUGAAUGCAUUAAAGUGCGUGGAAGCUCAGAAUCCCUAAAUUCACCAUCAAACUCUCGCGCUACUUCCCCUUCCCCACUUUCCAUUGAAGCAGAGACUAAGGUCUCUCCAUUUAAGCCUCCAUGUCUCAUGUCACCCUCAAGUGGAUACUCUAGUCAGUCUGAGACUCCGACCCCAACUAUUACAAACUCUGCCAUCACUGGACUCACCCCAACAGGGUGCAAGAUGCGUCCAAAGAUCCCAGAGAGGAAGUCCUCACUUCCAGCCACUUCACCAAAAGACAAAUCUCAGGCUCGUCUCUCUUUUGAGUUACCUGUGAAUUCCCCAGUAGACUUGUCUUCUGUCAAGCCCAAACCUAAAGCUAACCGGAGGCACUCAGACACAUCUACCAGCAGCAAACCAGGAAAAUCGAGUCAGUCAUCGCAACCCAUGGUUACCACAACAGAUCUGCGAAAUAUCAGACUCCGUUCAGUAAGCCGCUCAGAACUUGAAGACAGUCCUGAUGGUUCAUCUGAUAUUAUAGAGGAGGAGCAAGGACGUGAUAUUAGCCCUCCUACCACUCCAUGUAGCUCUAAGCCACCCAAACCACCAGUUGCGGUAAAGCCACCACUCCCCAAACGACCAAUGAACUUAAUGCUGAAGUCUCCCUCAUCAUCUCCCCAUGCUCAGGAAUCUCCGCCAGCCUCCCCAAUAGACCGACCAAUGCCUGUAGCCAACAUCUACAUGGUGGUCAGGAAGCCUAAACCUAAGAGGCCAUCCCAAUCAUCAGUCAGUCCAUCUGCAGUUACACCUCAAGAGCAUGUGCCAAGACAUCCACCCCCACUACCUGAGCUUGACCUAGAACAUGGGAUUCCAAUUGAGGAGGAUUAUAACUUUCCUAGCAGUCCAGAGAAAGAGGACAUAGGCAAGACCUUUCGUAGUCAAAGUCCAAUUUCCUGCAUAGCUGAAUUGGACAAGAAGAAACCCAAGGUACCACCACCGGUACCCAAAAAGCCAAAUGUUCUUCUCUUACCUUCUCCUACCGUCCAGACACCAAGCAAUGACUUUACAGAAAAGCAAAGCCUCCUAUUUGAAAGUGGUUCUCAGUCACCUCUAGGCCCACCACCAUCUGAAGCUGAGGAAGCUUCUUAUAACAAAGAUGACCAAGAAAUAUCUGCUAACAAAGAGAUUCCAGAAACUUGUGAGAGCGAUGUACAACUUGAAAAUCAAGGUAACCUGGAGGUCCUUGGAAAUGAAGAAAACCACGAUACACCAGAGGAUGGAACCCCUAAGGAUAUUGGAUCUAUUCCAGAUGUGGACAUGAAGGCAUUCACUUCAGAAAUAAUGUCAGAAGCUUCACUGGAGGAAAACAGCUCUGUCAAAGAUAAGCCAGAAUUGCACAUCACUGAAGAAACAGAUGAUGAUGUGCUUGUGCACACACCUACCACCCAUACAACUGAAGACCUUUUCACCAUCAUACACAGAUCUAAGCGAAAAGUCCUUGGCCGUAAGGAGCCAGCAUUUGGCAGUCGUCAGAGCCUUGUGUCACCUGUGAAAAGCAGCAGCAGUGACAUCCGAACAAUGACAUUGGGCAGCACUCCAAGGUCAAAUUCUCGGAAUGAGAACUUCAUGGCUCUUCUACAGAAGAAGGGCAACAAAUCAAGCAGUGGAACACGGGUCUCUGCCAUGGAACUGCUGAAGAGCACAAACCCUUUGGCUCGCCGUGUCACUGAGUUUUCUCAGUCAGAUCUGGAUGCUGCUGGAACUGACCCAUCUAAAAUGGCUCUACCAGACCAGUGAUUCCACUUGUAGAGAACCAAAUGUUAUGGCUGAUUUUCAGUUAGUGCUCCACUGCACAUCUAAAUGGUUUUACUUCCCAGGAUCUUGCACCGUCUGAAGUGAGGUUGUUUAAUACCAUGGGUCUCACCUUUUUGUCAUGUUACUGUGGAGUGCUGUCCAUAUCAAAGGAAAGGAACCUAAUGUUGAUGUGAGGUUCAGAAAUAGUUGGGUUAGCAUUGUAUUUUACCACUGAGAAUGUGUUAUAUUAACUCCUCUGUGGAAAUACACAAUCGGUACAAAGGAUCAGGAACCUUUGUAUGUUCUCAAAUUUGCCAGAGCCCACCUUUAACAUGCAAAAUUAUUGCAAGUCUAGGCAAGACAAAACAAAUGUAUACACACAACAAGCAUGAUUAUCCUAUACAGAAAGAGAAACAUUCCAUAUAGAAAAUGUAAAACAAGUUCCCUUAAAAAGCACUUUUUAUUACAAAAGUAGUUUACAGAUAAACUAUUUGUUGCUUUUGUUUAUUUCCAAAAAUAUAUAUGAAAGCUCCUGUUUAGCCUCCUGGGUUUUUUAUUUAACCCAGAAUAAAACUAUAAAUAUACAAUAUUUAAGUGUACAUUUAGAAUUUUUAUGCCUUUCCUUUAAACUGCCUAUUUUCGGCAAGUUUACAACAAACAGACUAAAGUCACAAAAUGGAUAACCUUCAUGCAAUAUACUUAAUCUGAAUCUAAAUUAUAGAUCUUCCCUCACUGCCAGUAGUGGUAUACAGUGGGUUGUAGUGUUGUGUACGUGUAGCACAUACACACAGUGAAAAACCAAAACCACCACAGAGCAGAUCAUGUGAACAGUACCAAAUGAAAGUAAAUAGGAGCUAGAAACAAAACUAAACUAAAAAAAAGAGAGAGAAAUGAUCAAUGGCUAUAGACAGACGGAUUCAAAUCCUCUUAAUGGGGUGUUUAAUCCUGGCUGUCUGGUAUGGAGAACCUGUCAGGGGUUUCUUGUUCUGGCUACUGAAUGCAGAGUCUGCACUGUUUAACACUCAAGGAACCACAGAAGGGAUUUGCCAAGGAUUAAGAAUGGUAAAGAAGUUCUUAUCGUCACCUCCAUAUCCUUUUGACCAGAAGUGUGGGAGAUGUGGUCCUGUAGACUGCUAUAAUCACCACAUACCCAGAUUUAAAGCUGCAGCUACAAUGUGUUUCUGAACAUUUUAUAUAUGUCCACAUUGUAUUUGUCACUCAUUAUAUGAUCAUUUCAUACUAUGCAUCAAGGCUGGAUGUGCUGCUUCUGUGCCAGUUCUGUGGCAAAAUAGCAGUGAAUGCCUAUGAAUGUCAGGAAGAGGGAACAAAGCUCAACAGUUUACUUUAGUUUUCGGUUUAUUGGUUGGGUUUUUUUUUGUAUAGUCACCGCCCAUAUCACUGCAGAAUAGAAAAUUUAUUUCUAUGUUAUAAUGCAUAGACAGAGACUAUCAUGUAAAACGUUUGGAGACAAAAAAGAAUCAUUUGGUAAGCAAAGAAUUUUCUCACAAAGACUACUUGUUCCUUCCCAUUCCUUUAAAAUAUUUCUCCCACAUGUGACUGUGCUUCUCUGACUCACAAUCAGAAUCAAGAAACCUGGUGCUAUUGAGCCAGAGCACCCCCUGCAGUCCAGGAGGGGAAGCACACCUGGCAAAAAUCUGUUCUGACUCCUUCAGGUAUUCUGAUAGCAUCUAAAUAUAACAAAGAAUAUAAAGUAUUACAUUAAAAUAGUGAGUGAAGCUUGUUUUCAGUAUUUAGUGAAUGAAAAAAAAAGACAACCUGUGUUUGUUUGCCUUGUACUCUGGCGUCAAGCCUGUGUUUUUAAAUGCCUUGGUAAUGCACUUCUAUAGAAAUAUCCAGAGUUUCUUUUAGUCUUUUUAUGAAUACUACUCUAACGGUCAUCAUACUCUUGUGUACUCUGUGCUGCAUCCAUUUUUAGUCAAUAAUAGUAUCAAAAUUCCCAGAGGAAGGUGGAGAGGGAGCAAGAUAGUCAAAAUGCCUAGAUAUACAAAGUAUGUGGGGGGAAAACAGACUGUUAGAAGUCACUGAGAGUUUUUCACAGAAAUCUAAAAAGACACAGACCAGUAUGAUACACUGACCUACAGUAUAGUAGAUUUCUUUAUGUGACAACCUACAGUGAAAACAUAUUCUUGCUUCUGUAUUCAUCCUCCUUUCUCCCUCCAUCUUACCUAUUUGCAUAAAGACGCCAACAAGAGCUCAUGUUUGUACACAGAGGAGAGAUGAAUCUCAAAAACACAGUAAACAUCAAUAAUCUAGUAAACAUUAAUACCUAUUCAGGCCCUCCACGGUCUAGUUUCCCAAAAGCAUUGUGCUUAGGAUCAGCAACUAUUGCUCAAAAUGUUUAAAGUGAUGCUCUUGAUCUACCUUAAAACAUAUUUGGUAACCAAUUUAAAAUUUAAAAUGCCUGCACCUUCCUCUAUGCCUAAAAAGUUCAGCACGACAAAUGACUUAAUGCCAAUGUUAAAUUCUGUAUAUAUACAUAUAAUUAUUAAAACUUUGUCAAUUUUAUCACAGAGAUAACUAUAACAGAGGAUUAUUAAGGCUAUUAAAGAUCAGCUUAGAGUAUGCUGACUCUCUUUUAAAAAAAAGCUUUAAUUUCCCCUUGUCCAUGGGACAAAAAAAAGUUGGGUGGGAAAGAAAGAAAGUACUGGGAAUUAUAUUUUUGUUAUUUUAUCAUUGGAAAGACGUAUAUAAAAAUUCUGAAUAUUAUGAGCCUCCCUCUCCAGCAGUAAGGAUAUGUAGCUGUGAGCUCUUCAAGCAGCUAUGUCUUGCCUAUGUGCUAAAAAAAAGUUACAUAAAUAAAUUAUUUUUCUUGCUUAAA